CAAUGUUACAAUCUUGCUACUAUGGCAUCUGCCACAUACGUUCUUGAUGCAUUGUUGCACCAACUUUUUGACUUCUCGCGCCAUAUCAUGAUGACGCUAUCACCGCAUACCACUCGUCCAGUACACAACACGUUGACAAUCAAGUGAACGUUGCCGGUCGUCGACUUUCACACCCACGUUACAAAUCGGCGGUGAUUCUGUACUUACCAUUUUAAUUGGCAUCCUUCUGAUACGAAAGCCCAAUUGCAAUAACAGAGGAAGAGAACGUUAACGAAUUGAUUGGAAGAAAAGCCCACGCAACUGCAACAUCUACGUGGAGUGCACAGCUCUCCCUUCGAUUACCAAACUUGAAGCACUAUGCACUGGGCCGCAUCAGAGAACUCAUUGAUUAUAUAUCGGCAUAUAUGACAAUAUCUGCGGCUCACCAGUCCUCUGAUGGCCCGCCAUAUGUAUAUAUAGCACGACUGUCAUUGGCAUGCAUCUACCAAGUUCGCCUCUCAUUCUCAUCCAUUCUCUCCCAAUAUGAUCAUAGUCUCAAACGGUCCCGCUUCGUGGCCGGUCAUCAAUGCAAAUCGUUUGUACAGCUAUUUUGUAGGUUCGUAGAGAGCAGUCGGAUGUUGAAGCUGAUUUCUCAAUCUAACCUUGGCUGCGGUUUCAUAGUUGCCGCCUUCGUUGGAGUCACAUAUGAUUGGGCACUCACAUUCGGACAGGAGGUUGAAUUGGUCUGGAGGCAACGCUGGUCGUUAGUGACAGUUCUGUAUCUCAGUGUGCGCUACCUUGGAAUCUUCUUUGCUGCCCUGACCAUGCUGAUCAAUGUUCCGACCAUCUCGCUGACAGAUAGAGUAAGCUGGAAUAUGUCCGCCAUAUGGAAUUGGACGGGUAUUAUGGCAUUUGCAAUGCUGUGGAUCAUUAUUAUCACUCGGUUAUAUGCCAUGUAUCAACGAUCCAGAAAGAUCCUGAUAUUGCUCAUUGUCACCUCGCUGGCUAGCUCCAUCUGCAUUGGAGUGGCAGCUGUAAUAAUAACGGUACAUGCUUCAGUGGAGGAAUACUAUCUCUCCGGCACCUACCAGUGUUCGAUUGGCUUUGGGGGAGAUCUCCCACUUCUGACUGCUGUUAUGUGGAUACUCAGUACUGUGUGGGAGGUCUUCACACUGUGUCUCGCAGUCUGGAUUGCAGUAAAACAUUUCCGUGAACUGCGACAACAUCCGGCAGGAGGGAUUAUCGUGGACUGUUUCACGGUGUUGAUGAAAACUCACGUGCUUUUACUUUGCGAGUUUUGUUGCUGUUUCUUGCCUCCAGCUCAUUGUUCCAAGAUUGUCAACGGUAUGUCAAUUUUUCGCUGCCCCUGCGUGCUACCACGGUUUAUCGUCUCCAUAGGAUUCACCGGACGUCCAGAUUUAUUAUGGGUUUCUUCGGAUUUUGGAGGUCGUGCAGAUGUUUAUUCUGGGACCACGCCUGAUCCUUGGCGUCCGAGAAUUCAACGCGAAGCUCGUGGCCGAUUCUGACGCAGCAUCUGUGAUGACCUCAAUCGCUUUCCAGGAGCGUGUGCAUAU